AUUGAGCAUGCGUCUUCCAUAUGAGUGUGUUAUGUUUUAUUUGAAUUCUUUUAUGAACGUAAGGACGAGAAAGCAAACUAACUCUCUCACGCUACUGUGAUCUCCAAGAGUUUUUGAGAAAUCCUUCACAAAGCCCACCCUUUUUGAGAUGAUCCUAUUAUGUUUUCCUGUUUCCUUUCCCGGGGAGUUUCCUCGAAGUCUAUAAUGCAAGUAUAUAAACAUUUUUCAAGGGUUCGAGACAAGGAUUUCGUGAGAUUCUUCUGACCGUAUCACGUCCUCAAACUGGAAUGUAUCUGAAAAUCGUAAUUCUUAUCGUAUUUUCGUCAUUCAACUUGAACUCUCUGGUACUUGGUUAUGCUACUAGAGAAUCUAGAGGGCCUGGAAAAUAUUUCUCCGCAUUCAGGCAUAGAGAUAGCAGAGAUCCAAAUGAGUGGUCCUAUAACUACGUUGAUGAUCAACGACCAAUUGCAAACCAGAUAAAGCCUAAUAGCUUCAGUGAUGGAAGAGCAAACACGGCAAAGUUUGAAAUACCGAAUGGAGACCUUCUUUCACGCAUUUCGAGAAUGCAGAAACCUCACAACGAACUUGCCAAGAAUGAUGAGCUAGGAGAGUUGCUAUUGGACAGACUUGUGCCUAUUAGUUACUAUGAAGAAUAUGUUGGUAAUGACUUCGAUGACGGAUCAGACUUUCAAAAAGGAAUGUUCAAUGUUUAUUUUCCGGAUGGCAGACCACAAAAUAUAAACUUCGAAGGCAAAAUUCUUGAGCAUCCACAGUUUUGAAGUGAUGAUUAUGUUUUGUAGUAGCUCUUAGUGAAGUUGAAGUGAAAGUAUAGUGCGAUAAAAAUGCACCUUAUUUCAUCAUUCUACAGUUAUCCCACCUAUUCAUUAGAGUUUUAUUGUAUGAAUUGUGAACUAAUGGAAAAUGAUAAGGAUAUUGCACCUUGGUAUAUCCAUGAAUCUCAGAUAGAUCCAGUCAUUGAUCCAGUAAUCUGAUUUGAAGAUUUAGUUGAUUGUAUGAUUUAUUCACUUCGGUCACUUUAGAAAUGUUCGUAUUUCAUCUUGAUAAUGAUAA